GGCACGAAAAGCCUAGAAUAACAGGGAGAGCCACCUAAAGCUCCACAGAGGGGUUCCUGGUGGAGACAGGCCAAGGUACUGACAGAGCUGGUAGCUGGUUAUCACACUGGCUUUGGGAUGUAGAGGUAUAAGCGAACAGGAAGCUGAGGAUUCAGGAGCUCACUGGGCUCUUAAAGUCUGGAUGAACAACAUUAUUUUCUUCCUCUCCACGUGGGACACAAUUUCUUUUGUACUGGUCAAGUUUGGUUUCCACCAAAAGGCGGACUACAUGAUGGCACUAUAAGAAGAUGAUCACUGGGACAUGCUACUGUUCUUAGUGUCAGUUUAUGACAAAAAUACAUCAGAAAAAAUAAUCACCAAUGUGCAGAUGAGAUGACAGCUACUUUGUGAGAGUCUGAACUGAAUGUGCAUCAUUUGUAUGGAGAUGGACCAGUGGACAGCACAGCACAUUUGACAGUGGCAUGAAGGCUCUCAGAUGUUUUAUCUAAACAAGAAAAGCGCAGAGUGUCUUCUUCAAAGGACCUGAGCUGAGCACACUAGAAGAAUAAGCCUGUUGUUCUGAAGUGAUAAAGAUGAGUUACUUGAUACAGUUAAUGUCUCCACAGAAAACUUGCAUGCAUCACUUUAAAUGUUAAGAGACAAAAAAAAAGCACAGUGCACUAUAGAUUAUCCCCACACACAGCGCGCGCCACUGAUCAGGGAUCCAGUUACCAACUUCGCCGACACCGGGCCACGUGACUCAGGUCCUCCUCAUUUUAAAAAGAGCUGCUACACUGCAAUUCCCUCCAGAGCGUCAAAGAGGUGGUAAAUGCUUCCAGAUGACCGACUUUCGCACCUUCUGUGUCAGAGGGACAACUACUGGAGAGUGCGGCGCGACCAAAAAGUGACUUUGCCAAUCUGCCGAUGGUGCGCUGGACCGAGUCCUUUGAGUUUCAAUCACAUUUGUGUUCUGAUAAGUUGGCGUGCAUCCUGCCAAGUAGCCUAAUCUGUAUCUUCCGUCUUUGAUCUGCUGGCCAAGGAUGGUGCUGGACCAUAGGAGCGCAUUUCGCGCCUCCGUUUUACUGGCUUGUGUGAUAAUCUGCACUAACGUGCUAUGUCCCGUCGGUGCCUAUCUCUACAACAACCGCUACGCAGGUGAUCAAGUCUUCAGGAUAACUCCAAGUAAUGAUGAGGAGGUCCAAGUGCUCAGGAAAAUUCUGGGACAUUUGAAGGUGGACUUCUGGCAGCCCAACAGUGCUACUCUAAUCUGUCAAAAUGCCACUGUGGAUGUCCAUGUGAAACGCAAUGAGACGCGCGGUUUACAUGCACACUUAAAGCAGGAACAUAUUUAUUAUCGGGUGUUUAUCUCCAAUCUACAGAAGGAAAUUGAAAAGCAGACGGGAUAUCGUUCCUCUCGCAAGCGGCGGUCAGAAUCUCAGUAUGACUACGAGGUUUACCACUCUCUGGAAGAGAUCCAGAGCUGGAUGUUUGAAAUGAACAGAACCCACUCCGACCUAGUUGACAUGUUCUCCAUCGGGAAAUCGUACGAGGGAAGACCGCUUUAUGUGCUUCAGCUAGGAAAGAGAAGUCGUCAUCAGAAGAAAGCUGUGUGGAUCGACUGUGGCGUCCAUGCCAGGGAGUGGAUAGGACCUGCCUUCUGCCAGUGGUUUGUCAAAGAGGCCAUCAACUCAUACCACUAUGACUCUGUGAUGAGACGACUGCUCAACCAGCUCAGCUUCUUCAUCAUGCCUGUCUUCAAUGUGGAUGGAUAUCAUUUCAGCUGGACCACGGAUCGGUUCUGGAGGAAAACGCGGUCCAAAAAUCACAAGUUCCACUGCCGAGGAGUGGACGCUAACAGAAACUGGAAAGUCAAAUGGUGUGAUGAGGGUGCCUCCUCUCAUCCCUGUGAUGACACUUACUGUGGUCCCUACCCUGAGUCUGAACCUGAAGUCAAGGCUGUCGCCAAGUUCUUGCGCAAGCACAAGAAACGUGUCAAAGCAUAUAUAUCCAUCCACGCCUAUGCCCAAAUGCUGCUUUACCCCUAUUCUUACAAGUAUGCCACUAUCCCCAACUUCAACUGCGUGGAGUCAGCAGCUCAUAAUGCAGUGACAGCCCUGUACUCUGCCUAUGGAGUGCGGUACAGAUAUGGACCUGCCUCCACAACUCUGUAUGUUAGCUCUGGCAGCUCUAUAGACUGGGCCUACAGAAACGGGAUCCCGUAUGCAUUUGCAUUUGAGUUGAGGGAUACAGGAUACUUCGGCUUCCUCCUGCCUGAAUCCCUGAUCAACCCGACCUGCACUGAGACUAUGAGGGCAGUGAAGGCCAUUGCAUCAGGUCUGCUGAAGAAGUGUGAGACAGACAGGGACAAAUUUCCAUAUAUAUGACCGCACUGCAGGUCCCCAGAGCUCCACCCUCACAGUUAUCUCAACACCUCAUAUUCCUCUGAGAUUUCAUAUUCCUCCCAGAUAUUAUCAGCUGAAGAGCUGAGAAGGACCAGCAAAGCAUGAAUUUUAAUUUGCUUUUCUUGUUCUUGAGGUUGUUCAUCUUAUUUUCCUUUUCUGAUAACAUAUUAACUGAUGGUGGUGGGGUUUUUGUGCCAGUAACCACGAAUCCUAUGCGUGACCAGCCUGUCUAUAUACAAUAAGAUCCUACAUACAGUCACAGACAUCACAUACAUCAGAAAAAAAUGAAUAAUGCAGACUUUUCCAUAAUAUAAGUUUUUUGCAGUGGUCAUGUGAGCACUUGUCAUGAUACAGCAGCACUUUUUUUUUAAGAAACAGCUAUGGUUUUAAUGUCUUCCAGAAAUGUGUCAUGUUAAGCAAACUUUUCACAAGAACUGUUUUUAAUGAAUAUAACCCCAUAUAUCUAUUUUUAUUGUGGUUGCUUUUUAUUUUGAAAUUAGUCCUACGAAGUGCCGGUUUAGAUUUUUAGCUAUAAUGUUAAUGUAUUAAUGCCUUUAUUACUGCAACAUUGUUGGUGUACAUAAUAUGCUAUCACCUGACAAUCUUGGGUUUGGUUUAAAUUGAGAUGUUUUUUGUUAGAUUUCUUUUAAGACUGAAAUUUGAAAGAAUGACCUGUCACUUUAGUAGCUCACUGUGUCGUUACUCAGGUAUGGAUCAGUGACAAAGAAAUGUUUACUUUUUGACAGCUUAUGUACUUAAUGUGAGAUUCUAAUAAAUAUCUGUAUAAUGUCACAUUACUUUACAUCUCUACUUGUCAGUCAAUCAAUGAUCAGUUUUUCUAUUAUGCAGUGGUAGCCCAUAUUUUUGUUUUGUACACAAGUUUGUAGGGAUGUUUGAUAAUAAACAUUAUUUUAGUCAUGUGACUUUUAUUAUGAUAAACUCACUGACCUUUUAAUUAUAAAAUGAUAACUUUAAACACAA